CCCCGCCGCAGGGAGGGGGAGUCCCCGCGUCCCGGCCGCCGGUGCAGGGUCCGCGCUCAGCCCCGCCGCCAUCGAGGAGCCGCCGCCAUUCGCCACCCCGGCAACCAGUGCCGCACCCCGCCCCCGGCCCGCGCCCAAUCGGCCGCCGCCAUGCUGGGCCGGCGGACACCCGCCCAAUUGGAGACGGCCUCUGAGGCCCCUGGGUCAUGUGAGCGGGCAAGAUGGCGGCGCCCACGAGGAGGGCGUGAGGUUUGGGACCCUCCUGUGACGGCCUGGAGUGAUCCCGGUGAGAUCCUGCCCGGUUGUCCUGCUUUCUCCGUUCCUGCAUCCUGCCAAGCCCCAACCGGAACAGGCACAGACUCCAGAAUGACAGGAAGAGAGUUUCUUGAACUAGAUUCUCCACAGCAAAGUCUAUUUUUGGCAAGACUCAAGCAGAUGGAAAUCAUACAAAAGAUGUUAAAUGAGCUUCCUAAAACAGAUCAGAACCUUUGUAAUCAUGGAUCAUACUUCCUAGCAGCAAAUUCAAGCUUAUGUGGCUUAGCAGCAAAUAAUUUCUUCAGGAACAUCCUAAAUAUCAGAAGGGCUUCCUUGGUGUCCGCUGUGCCAAUGGCUGUUAUUCCGUUUCUUUCAACAACAGCAGUUUAUGAAGUUUUUGUGCGUGGCCCUUUAUUUUCAGGUCAGCUGAACUGUGAGGUCUGUGCUGUGGUCAGAGGAGGAUUAGUGGGGGCUGUUGUGGGUGCUCUCUAUCCUGCUUUCCUGGCUCUCCCCUUGAACGCAAGCCUUGCAGCCAGGUACAUGUCAUCUCCCUUGCCAGGGAAAGAAAAUGCAGUACGCUACUGGCUCACAAUCACUCAGCCUGUCUUUAGAAAGAUGAGUCUGGGUGUACUGGUACAGUGUCUAACUGGAUUAUAUCUUGCCACUAAACAGCACGGAAUAUAUGUCAAAAUACUACAGCAGAUGCACCUUAGCAGGGAUCCUGAAGAGCUAAAAUAACUUUUCAAUUGCCUUGGAUAAGUAACCAUAAUAAACAAGGAAAAGAA